UGGGGGAGAGGAGAGAGGACAGCAAGGUCAGCAGCAGGAGGGUCGGCAGGGGCAGCAGCAGGAGGGUCAACAGGGGCGGCAAAAGGAGGGUCAGUGGGGGCAGAUCAGUGGGGGAGAGGAGGGGGGACAGCAGCAACAGCAGCGAGACCAGCAGGUGCAGGAGGGGCGGGCUGGUAGGGGAGAGGAGGGAGGAGAGCACAGGCAGCAUCAGGAGGUUCGGCAGGGGCAGGAGAGGCCAGCAAAUAUGGGAGAGGGGAGGGGACACCAGGGGCAGCAGCAGGAUAGCCAGCAGGGGCAGGUGGGGCUUCGGGUGCAGGGCACACCGUCGUCGGGUACGGGCUGGGUCGGAGAGAGGGGGCGAGAGGAGGUAGUUGGGGACACGACUGCGGGAAUGGAGGGUUUAGAAGGGGAGGACAUGGAGGGGGGGGGUAGGGCUAGGGUGCUGGGGGGUUUGGGGUUGGGGAGAGGGGAUAGGAGGAGGCAGGUGGGUGGGAAAGAGGAUAGAGGGGCAGAGACGACAAGGGAGGAGGCACAGAGGGACCAGGCACAGCAGCAGUCAGUGCAGCAGCAAAGGCAGGCCGGACGCAUAGGCCGCAUGGGGACACCAGCCCGCAUUCCAGACCUGACUUGCCUGGAUAUAGAAAAAACCCUUAUGGUGUUGGUGGACGUCUCUAUCGCAGACCCACGGCAACAGGGGAACGCCGGGCUUAGACGGCGAGCCGAUGAGACGGUUUCUUGGGCUUUGUGCGCGACGGAUAGCACAGCGGUGGAAGGACUUGGGGGGGGGGGAUGA